CGGUGUCACCACCCACCCACUUGAUCCGACCUCCUUCCCUGUUAACAUGUGUUAUGUCAUCUUGCCUUUGCAUUUCCCCAGCUGAGGUCGUCCCCAGGAUCGCAAGCAGAGCAAACCACUCUUCUAUCCUGCCGACAACCACCGCAGACGCCUGAUAUCCUUGACGCCAAAACCAAACUUCAUAAUAAUUAGCUAUCCAGCUUGUCAUUUUCUUGGUCCCAGGUGUGCAGUUGCGAUUCAUCGAGCCUGGUCGUUUACGAGCCCAUAGUGCGGGCAACUUUCACCAACACGUUUGACUACCUGUCCAGUCCGCCGAAGCCGAACCCGCGCAAUAGCACCGCCGCUCUGCAACUUGCACGCAAACAGCCCGCAACACCCUCGCAAAUCCAACCACCACGCCGGUGACAAUGUCUGUGGAGCUCGAUCCCUCGGAGCUUGGCUUCCGCAGGCCAUUCACCUCAGAGGUGGCUCAGAUACUUAAGAUCCGGAACCCCAAUAACCACCCGAUUGCCUUCAAGGUCAAGACAACAGCCCCCAAGCAGUAUUGCGUACGACCGAACUCUGGUCGCAUAGAGCCGGAUCAUGAGGUCGAGGUACAAGUACUUCUCCAGGCUAUGAAGCAGGAUCCUCCUGCCGACGCGAAAUGCCGAGACAAGUUUUUGGUUCAGGCUGUGCCUAUUAGCGGUGAUAAGGAGUUUGCCACUGUUGCCGACAUUUGGGAUUCGGUAGAGAAAUCCGCUAUUGUGGAGAGGAAAAUCCGAGUGACUUUCCUGCCAGCUUACUCUGCCACAGAAGGCGUAGCGACACCAGCCAAGAGAGACACAGCCGACAACGCGGUCGACGCUACCCCUGAUGUCCCGCCUCCGUCUUAUUCAUCUCCAGAGCAAACCUCGGCUGCUGCGCAACCAGCUAGCAGCCCCUCGGUCGAUGCAAACAAGGCCAAGGUCAAGGUCGAGCCAGAGUCUCCUUCCAACAUCUCUUCAUCUAUUUCUGCCGCUACCGCGCAGGUUGCACAAUCAAAGCCAGUGGAGCAGGUCAAGGAGAAAGUGGCAGAGGUGAAGAGCGCGGUAGCCUCAACGGUCGAGGAUAGUGGAUUGAAGCAGCGCAAGACCUCCGCCACUUCGGCCGUUAAACGUCAAACUACAGCCUCGGCACCAGUGACAAAGGUGCACCCCGCAGCUCAGCAGGCGCCCCAGGGCGUUCCCGUACACAUGGUGGCUGCCCUGUGUCUUGUGAGCUUCCUGCUUGCCUAUUUCUUCUUCUAGUAAGGUAAGGGAAACUCAGUUAUGCAAAGCUAUUGCGGGAGAUAUCCUGUCUGCUCCAUAGCUCGUGUCUGGGUGGUUUCGAGCCGUUGAUUUGAGUUCUGCGAAUGAGACGCCUACAUAUCCGAUUGGAUUGCAUGCUUUAAUCCGAUGUCUAGUUUGUUUUUCUUCUUCUUUUUGGGACGACGAUAUGGGAGGGCUGGUCGUGCUACAAUUUGUAUUGUAUUCUGCACAACUGUGCCGCGAGAUCAGCCAGUAGGGCAGAGGGCUUUGUGGCAGGCUAUAGAUAGUGUGUGGGGUUUGGUGAGAAAUCACAGCUGGUGGUUAAUGUGGCAACGGGGCAUGAUUGUGAAGGAACUUCGCCUAACUGCCAGGUAUGCCGAAAUGUUGAACGACCUGGUCUGCAGUGUCGCGUCACGGCAGCAGCUCAUGAGCAUUGAUGCUGUACAUAUGGAGACUUGAAAAUUGGAGCGAUUGGCCCAGGAGAAAUGUACUUAUAGGUUGUACCUUCAAAGCACAAGAAUUCUUUUUUGUUCGUAACCUCUGCUAUUUUAACCUCGACGAGAUGUGUCAAACAUUGUGAGCGACUGCGCUCUUUUGCCAUUUUCGCCUAGUUGUGAG